AUGGGCAGCCGGAUGGGUUUGAUCGGGUGGUUGGUCAUAGUGGUAGCUAUACUACAACUGAGGGGUGCAACUGCUGAGACAGUUUAUACGGUUGGGGACAGCCUCGGCUGGGCUGUUCCCCCAAACACCUCCUACUACUCCACCUGGGCUACAACAAAUUUACAGACAUUCCUUCUUGGCGACUCACUUGAAUUCAACUGGACGGGGACGCACAUUGUGGCAGAAGUAUCAAAGGCUGAUUACGAUAACUGCACGAAGGUAUCAUCUGGCUCUGCCAGCCCAUUUAAAUUUACUCCUCCAACUGUCGGCUCUUACUACAUCAUCUGCACUGUGGACGACCACUGCGAACGAGGUCAAAAGUUUUCUUUCACCGUUAAUGGAUCGUCGGCUGAACCGCCCACCUCUGCCGCUUCAUCUCUAACCCUCAGUGCCUUAUUUGCAGUGAUGUCGACCACUUUCAUCUAUCUUUUUCUUGGCUUAUCUUUAAAUUAA